AUGGAGGACCUCAAAGCAGCCACUCAUGUUGAGCAUAACCUCGCCGUGCCCUCUCAGUCGCUGGGAGAGUAUACUAUCGGAAUUGAAGAUGAAGUUUUACUGCAAAUGGCCGAGCAGAUUCCGGACUUCGCCAAUCUAGUCGAAAAGGCCCGUCGAGCAUCCGAUUUUGAGCAUCACUUGACCAACUGGGAUGCAUUCAAGCAAUUCCCAAAGGCGGUUUUGUUUUCUUUUGUUUUGUCUCUUGCCAUCAUCAUGGAGGGAUACGACACCUCCCUCCUCGGCUCCUUUUACGCGUACCCGACAUUCCAAGAGCGGUUUGGUGUUCCUUCCAAAGAAGGUGGCUAUCAAGUGACAUCCAAUUGGCAAACUGGUCUGCAGAAUGGAACCAAUGUCGGACAAAUACUGGGCCUUCUCAUUGCCGGCCUCAUUGCGGAUCGAUGGGGCUACAAAAAGACAAUGCUCGGCGCUUUGAUCUCGCUCAUUGGUUUCAUAUUCAUCAUGUUCUUCGCCAAGAAUAUUGGAAUGCUAUUUGCCGGGGAGGUGCUCUGUGGAAUUCCUUGGGGUGCCUUUCAAACCUUGACAACUACCUAUGCUGCCGAGGUUAGCCCUAUCAUCCUCCGUCCAUAUCUGACCACUUAUGUCAACUUGUGUUGGGUUACUGGUCAGCUGAUCUCGACUGGUGUUCUGCGAGGUCUCCUGGGUCGCACUGAUGAAUGGGGGUGGCGAAUCCCUUAUGCUAUUCAGUGGAUCUGGCCUGUUCCGAUCAUCAUUGGUGUUCUUUUCGCUCCUGAAUCUCCUUGGUGGUUAGUCCGUCACGACAAGGUUGAAGAAGCAAAGCGGUCACUUACUAAAUUGGCUCGUUCUGGUAACUCUGGAUAUGAUGCCGAUGAUGCCGUUGCCCUUAUGAUCAUCACCAACACCCACGAAAAGCUAACGCGAGAGGGCGUGAGCUACUGGGAUUGUCUCAAGGGAGUUGACCGGCGCCGUACCGAGAUUGUCUGCUGCGUAUGGAUGUGCCAAGUCUUUUGUGGUAUCUGGUACGGCGGCAACAUUGUCUACUUCCUCCAACAAAUCAACUUUAGCAAUAACCAAUCAUUCGACUUUGGUCUUGGAGUCAAUGCCAUUGGGUGGUGCGGUACCGUCUGUUCAUGGUUUGUGAUGCAGCGGGUCGGUCGGCGAAAGCUCUUUGUCACUGGACUUGGCAUUAUGUUCACGGUCUUGAUGUUGGUGGGCUUUCUUGGUAUCCCGAGCCAUACCACUCCCGGAUUAAGCUACUCGUCAGCUGCGCUCCUCCUGGUGUUUGUCUUCACCUAUGAUCUCACGGUCGGCCCAGUCACCUACUGCCUUAUUUCUGAGAUUCCUUCCACUCGCUUGAGAAUCAAGAGCGCGGUUCUCGCCCGUAACUGCUACAACAUUGCCAGUAUCAUAGCCAACUUCCUCAAUCCCCCUAUUCUCAAUCCCACUGCUUGGAACUUAAAGGGUAAAGGCGGCUUCAUCUGGGCGCCAUUUUGUCUCAUUUGCUUUGUCUGGUCAUUCUUUCGUCUACCGGAGCCCAAGGGACGUACUGCGCCCGAGCUCGAUAUCUUAUUUGAGAAGAAGAUCUCUGCCAGGCAGUUUGCCAAGUUUAAGGUCACUCCAUUCCGCUCCAACAACUUCGAAGUUAUCUCUGAUCGCGCAGUUCUCGCUGAAAAGAACUCACUCUCGGGUAACCAAAAUUGA